GUUACUUUUGUAGCCGAUGUGUGUGACCAAGACCAUCAUCUGCCCGUGCGUGCGCGCUUUGAGUAUGUGCUAGCGCGGGGAGGCAUGGCUCCCCUCUCGCCGCCGUCCGCUGCCUCGACGGCAGCUGCCAUACUCGGGGGAUUGCACCAUCAUCACUACCUUCAGCAGCAGAGUGGGACGCAUGGUGCAAGCAACGGCAGUGUGUCUUCUCAGGGUGCUUCAAAUCCAUCAGCAUCUGCAGCAAAUGGUAGCGGUACUGCCUCUACGGGUCCUCAUCGGGAUCGCGAAGGCAGGGCUGUGACGCCAGUCUCGUCCAUAACUUGCGAGACUCCCUCUCGUUCCCGCUCUUCAUCUUUCGGUUCACAGCACGCUGCAGGCGCGUUGCAUUCGCUAGCAAGCGCACAUAAUCAUCACCAUCAACACCAUCAGCAUCAACAUCAACAUCACAAUCUGCAUGGGCCGUCACAUUUGAACGAGCAGCAAGCAUUCGAAGAGCCAACAACCCCAGCAGCAAUGACAGAGAAGCGCAUACCCUCUGGUCCAGGGUCUAAUGUGUCGGAGGCUAGCUUUUCCGGACCCAGCAGCGUUACCGCACAAAGCAGCAAGCUACCUAGCACCCCAUCUUCUGCAUCUGGCAAGGCCUCGCCGGAAAAGCAAUCAAAGGGGACUGCCAAGCAUCCGGCAUCAGGGCCAGUAGCGGGUCCAUUCACCGCAGGAGUGGCGCAGAGAUCAGCGGCCAUGGAGAUGUCGGAAAGCAACGCAGGAGACGUAUAUCUGUACUCUUCAAGUUCGCCUGCACCAGGUGACGGCAAACGGCCGCGGAAAAAGAAGACAAAUCGAGCGUGCCAUCACUGCCAGAAGGCGCAUCUUACAUGCGAUGAGUCUCGACCAUGUCAGCGUUGCAUAAAGAAAGGCCUGGCGGACACUUGUCAUGAUGGUACGCGAAAGAAGGCCAAGUACCUGCUAGAAGACGACGAGCUGGACAAACAGGAGGCUCUACGACAGCGAAACGAACAUUCUGCAGGGAGAAGCGGCAAAGGCGGAAAAAGCAUCUCGAGUGCGUCUGGCGAAAAGAAAGAGCUGGAAACUUUAAGUGGAGCGAACGGGAAAAGUGUGCUUCAAUUUCCUUCCACAUCCUGGGAAACAGGCGCGGAGGGUGCAGUGCCAACAAACGACGGUGCGGAUGUUUCAAUUCGACAUCCCCGCACGAGUACCGGUCUGGACCCAUCAAUACUUUCCUUUGACGAUCCCACAAAUGCAGCUGCGGCCAUGAUGGCCGGAAGACCGGCCCUGGAUCUUGCAGCCUGUUCUACAGGAUUCUCUUCCACCUUCAAUGCAGGAAUGCCUCCCAGUGCCAUGAAAAAGGUCGAGGCAUUUCCAAGCGUAGGGCCUUCCGCGAUGGCUGCGACGCCAGGAGUCCUUUCCGGCCUAUCGGAAGUCCCAUUCGGCGCAGAGUCCAGCGCGCUCGAGUAUAUCAUGCUGUCUUUCAUGUUGAACGGCAUCGACCCAUCGCUGCUCUCCUCGGGCACCACCCCCCCACUUGAAACGAAUGGCAACCCGACUGGGGAUGGCAGCAGCAGCGCAGCCAACGGAGCCAGGACAUCGAGUGCAGCGCCACAUAUGGGCAUCGACUACGGCAGCCCGCACUUGACAGCUCCCAUGGGCAGCUAUCAAAACUUUUUACCAGCCGAUGCAGCUGCUGUACCCACCGUGGUCGGAGCGCCAAAUGUUUCUGCAUCCUACAGCAGCGGCAACGGCAACGGCAGCGGCGCUGCGGCUCCAGAUGCGGUAAUUAUGUCGCAGCCAUUUGCGGCCGGCAGCGAGAGCACGGCCGCGAGGGUGGAGACAGGCGAGGCUGUCAAGCUGCAUGCUGCGCAGAAUCCUCUGGGGCCAGGAGGCGGCUACCAAGCGCUCGAGGUACCAUCGCCUGAUACUGGAAAAGCAAAGGAGACGCCGCCUGCGCAUGCAAGUGGGAGCAUCAAGCCGAACGAAGAGGACCGCGAGCAAGAUUCAUCCACGAACGACACUGCCGCAGAGAAUGCUUCCGUCAACCCCAAGGCCAGCGCAGAUACUGGUCAGCGGAAAGAUGCUGAACAGCGACCACAGGUCACAGCUGUUGAUCAGCAUUGGAGGCAGAGGAUUACAAAAAUUUACAAAGACGAUAUCAAGCCUUUCCCUUACACCGAGGGCUACCACUUUCUUCUCAAAUUUGCCACGGAAAACUUCCAAAAAGCAGAGGUGCUUCGAAUUGUCCGAGCGCUGGCCAUUUUUAGACCCUCGUUGAUCGCCCUACAAAUGCCCAUGGCUGAGGACGACGAGACGUUCGUGGAACGAAGCAUCCAACGAACCAUACUUGAAUUUGAAAAGCUCAUUUCUUUCUCUGGCACUCCGACUGUCGUCUGGCGUCGGACGUGCGAAAUUUGCGUUGUGGGUGCAGAAUUCUCUAUGCUAACGCAGUGGAGCAGAGACGACUUGCUCGGAAAGUACAUUUACCAGUUCCUGGAUUCGAAUUCGACGCUGGAAUAUUGGGAAAAAUUCGCGCUUCAUGCGUUCGAGAAUACGUCGCAGUCAGUCAUGACCACCUGCAACGUCAUUUCUGCCGAGGGCAAGCCCAUCAAAUGUGCAGCGUGCUUCUCGAUCAAGCGCGAUGUCUUUGACUUGCCAUGCCUUAUUGUUGGCAACUUUCUACCUUGCUUGGGUUGACGCUGUACUUGUCUGCAUUUGUCUUGCUGCAUGCAACCCGCGAAAAUGCGGUGUGGACAUUUUUGUCUUUGUAUUAUACAGAUGCGUGUCACCGGGAGUAAUGUACAAAAGGCCAAUGGUGCAC